AUUCGCGCCGCGUCUGCGCAUCGAUGACAAUGCACAAUCACGGUUAUUGUCCACGUCUCGAUUGUCUCGAAAGAGUCGAAAGUCGAAAUAAUCGUACGUUCCUGUCAGUUCGUAUCCUUUGCAGCCACGUUUGUAUAUUUGUUCAAGAUGAACGCGUGGAUGCAAUACUUCAAAUCCAUUCCAACGCACAUGGAUUAUGAUGGCCAAGCUAGAGCAGAGAAAUUGUCGCGGGUCAUAAUAACGUUAUUUGGGGUAGUCGGCUUUAUUUGGGGAUAUGUUAUUCAACAAUUCUCGCAGACAAUCUAUAUUCUAAGCGCUGGAUUUGUCAUGGCAGCAUUAAUUACUGUUCCUCCAUGGCCUAUGUAUCGCCGUAAACCAUUGGAGUGGCAAAAACCACAAUUUGAAGUUGUUCCAAAGCUCAAAAAGAAAAAAUAAUUACCGGACAUAUUAUAUUUAUGACACCUCAAACAAAAUCUAAUAUAUCAUGCAAUCUUCAAUGUGAAUUGAUUGCUGAUAGUAUAAAUGUUUGCAUAUGUACCACUGAGCAUUUGUUUUCAUGCAAUUAUGAGAUACAAAUGUCCUUAAUAUAUAAAUGCAAGUGUGUAUUGGAACAAGUAUGAAUGUGAAAGACUUUAGAUUUCUUUUUUGUAAGAUACACAAAUAUUGUAUUUUAAUGUGUGUUG